AUGCCUGGUGAAAAAAAGGUAUAUCUCAGUUCAGAUACUUUAUGUGAGUCUGAGGAUCAAACCGACCUUAACAUUGCAUUGUUUCCUCCGGAUGUAUUAAACAAAUUGCAUCAGUCAGGAUUACCUAACCAUAAAUUGGUUCUCAAAGUUGGAGCUCCGGUAAUGUUACUUAGAAACAUUGAUCAAACAAAUGGUCUGUGUAACGGUACACGACUUCAAGUAACAAAACUUGGAAAACUUGUAAUCGAAGCAAAGAUUAUUACCGGAAAUAAUAUAGGUCAUCAUACUUUGAUUUCAAGAUUGAAAAUGACACCGUCCGAUAAAAGAUUACCGGUGAAAAUUGCACGAAGACAGUUCCCAAUAUCUCUAUGCUUUGCAAUGACCAUCAACAAAAGGCAGGGACAAUCACUUGAACGUGUAGGCUUAUAUCUUCCACGGCCGGUUUUUAGUCAUGGACAACUAUACGUUGUUGUAUCUCGAGUAAAGAGCAUGAAGGGUUUGAAGAUCUUGAUAUGUGACAGGGGAAAACAAGUGUGUAAAACCACAACUAACGUGGUCUACAAAGAAGUUCUACAAAAUCUAUAG